AUGAAGGAGGGGGACAGACUGAGUGAUGAAGACCUCUACAAGUACCUGGCAGAUAUGCGCAGACCAUCAUCUGUUCUGAGACGACUGAGGCCCGUCACAGCCCAGUUGAAGAUCGACAUCUCCCCCGCUCCGGACUCCCCUCACUACUGUCUGUCCCCGGAGCUGCUGCACGUGAAGCCGUACCCCGACCUGCGUGUGCGCCCGACCAAAGACGUGCUGGAGUUCCCUGCUCGCUACGUAUACACCCCUCACACAACCUACAGGAAUCUCCUCUAUGUUUACCCACAAAGUCUGAACUUCAGCAGUCGCCAGGGGUCCGUGAGAAACAUCGCUGUGAAGGUUCAGUUCAUGGCCGCAGAGGACCCAAGUCAAGCUCUGCAGGUCAUCUUUGGGAAGUCCAGUAGUUCUGAGUUCAUGCAGGAUGCGUACACUCCCAUCAUCUACCAUAACAAAUCUCCUGAGUUCUAUGAGGAGAUAAAGAUGAAGAUUCCUGCAAAUCUAACAGACAACCACCAUCUCCUGUUCACCUUCUACCACAUCAGCUGCCAAACCAAGCUGAACACCCCCCUGGAGACCCCUGUGGGCUACACUUGGAUCCCUCUGAUGCAGCAUGGCCGACUGCGCACCGGCUCCUUCAGUCUGCCUGUGUCUGUGGAGAAGCCCCCGCCCAGCUACUCUGUGCUCACCCCUGACGUCCAGCUCCCAGGCAUGAAGUGGGUGGAUAACCACAAAGGAGUGUUCAAUGUGGAGGUGACGGCCGCCUCCUCGGUCCACACUCAGGACCCCCACCUGGAUAAGUUCUUCACUCUAGUGUAUGUUCUGGAGGAGUACUCGUUCCCCUUCCGCCUGAAGGACGUCAUCAUUACCGAGGCAAACAUGGAGGGGGAGCUGAAGGCCAGCAUGUCUGCCCUGAGAGGGGCUCUGCUGGAUACCUGUGUCAGGUUCCUGCACCAGCUGCUCAACAAGCUCAUUCAGCUCAUCGUCUACCCACCGGUCAUCGCGGGCCAAAUCGUGAACCUUGGCCGAGCUUCCUUCGAAGCGAUGUCUCUGUUGGUCAACCAGAUCCACAAGAACCUGGAAGGGAACCAGGACCAGCACAGCCGCAACAACCUGCUGUCUUCCUACAUCCACUACUGCUUCCGCCUGCCGACCGCCGAACCUCCAGUCCCCGCAACGGCUGGCAAGCAGUCCUACGACAUACCGAUGCAGUAUGCCACCUUAUCGAGAGUGACAGCCCGGCCGAGCAGCCUCCACCUGGCCCGUUCCAAGAGCAUCAGCAACUCCAACCCCGACCUGGCCAGCACUCCGGUGUCUCCUGACGAGGAGGUGCAGAGGAUCAUCGGGAGCAAGGCAAGCGACCGCAGCUGCAAUCGCAUGUCUGCCUUUCUGGACAGCGUGGCCUUGUUUUCAGUUCCCCCCAGGCAGAUUACCAAGAAGCUGCUCCAUGAGGAGCUGUCUCUGCAGUGGGUGGUGAGCACCAGCACGGUGAGGGAGGCAGCGCUGCAGCAGGCCUGGUUCUUCUUCCAGCUUAUGACAAAGAGCAUGUCCCACCACUUGUUCCUGACCUCGAAGUUGGACGUUGCCCGGCGUCAGCGUUUCCCUGACCGCUUUGUGGACGACGUCGCUGCCCUUGUGUGUGCCAUCAGUGCAGACAUCGCCAAUAGAUACCACAAGGAUGUGGAGCUUGUGGAGAGGUUGAAUAGCAGUCUGGCUUUUUUCCUGAAUGACCUGCUGUCUCUCAUGGACCGGGGCUUUGUGUUCAACCUCAUCCGCUCCUACUACAAACAGAUUGCCAACAAGCUUCACACGGCGCAGAACCCCAGCUCUCUGAUUGCCCUGAGGGUGGACUUCACUCGCAUCGUGUGCAGCCACGAGCACUACGUCAUCCUCAACCUGCCGUGCUCCACUCUCAGCCCCCCAGCCUCCCCCUCCCCCUCCACCUCCUCCACCACCUCACAGAGUUCAGCGUUUUCCAGUAUGGUGCAGGACCAGGGUGUGGCCACCAUGUUUGAGCUCUCCGUCCCUUUCCGCCAGCAGCACUUCCUGUCUGGCCUGAUGCUUACUGAACUCUCCCUCAUCCUUGAUCCUGAAGGAGAAGGGGCAUUUUUCCUUCAUAAAAAGGCCAUUAGUGCUGUUCACUCCCUGCUGUGCAGCCAUGAUGCAGACCCCCGUUACACCGACCCUCAGGUCAGAGCCCACAUCGCGCAGCUCUACCUGCCACUCGUCCCCAUCGUCAUGGAGACGUUCCAUCAGCUUCACGACUUCUCUGACUCCUCGCCUGCUCGGGGGCGCCAUAGCACAGCCCACGCCGACGAUACUGACCCAGACAGCGGCAGCACUAUCAGUCAGUCUGUUGCCAUGGCGAUUGCCGGCUCCCCUUUGCCGCAUGUCAAAGCCAACCCGUUUGCGCUGCCCACAGCGGCUGGGCGCCAAUCCAGCUCUCUGUCUGCCGAGUGCAGCAGGACUCUGCUGGUGAGCUUCCUGUGGGUGCUGAAGAAUGCAGAUGCUGCUCUCCUGGAGCGCUGGGUGUCUGAUCUGUCUGUGCUGCAAAUCAACCGUCUGCUGGACUUGCUGCAUCUCUGUGUCUCCUGCUUUGAAUACAAGGGGAAAAAGGCACUGGAGAGAAUCAACAGCCUGACGUUUAAAAAGUCCCAGGACAUGAAGGCCCGACUGGAGGAGGCCAUUCUGGGCACCAUCGGGGCUCGUCAGGAGAUGGUCCGCCGCUGCAGAGAAAGGAGUCCCUACGGCAGUCAGGAGAACGUUCGCUGGCGGAAGAAUGUCACGCACUGGAGACAAAAUACAGACAGAGUCGAUAAGACUAAAGCUGAGAUGGAGCAGGAGUCAGUGGUGGAUGGAAACUUAGCAACAGAGGCCUCUCUGGUAGUACUGGACACUCUGGAGAUUGUUGUCAAGACCGUGGUGGCCUCGGAGCUGAAGGAGAGUGUUCUGGGUGGAGUGCUGAGAGUGCUCCUCCACAGCAUGGCAGGCAACCAGAGCGCCCUCUUCCUGCAGCACUGCUUCACUACACAGAGGGCUCUGGUCUUCAAGUUCCCAGAGAUGCUGUUUGAGGAGGACACGGAGCUCUGUGCCGACCUGUGCCUGCGUCUCCUCCGUCACUGCGGCAGCAGCGUCGGCUCGGUCCGAAGUCACGCCUCCGCCUCUCUGUACCUGCUCAUGAGGCAGAACUUUGAGAUUGGAAAUAACUUCGCUAGAGUGAAGAUGCAAGUCACAAUGUCGCUGUCGUCUCUGGUGGGAACGUCGCAAAACUUCAACGAGGAUCAUCUUCGUCAUUCGCUCAAGACGAUCCUGACGUAUGCUGAGGAGGACCUGGAGCUGCGAGACACGCCUUUCCCAGAGCAGGUCCAGGAUCUGGUGUUCAACCUGCACAUGAUUCUUACUGACACUGUAAAAAUGAAAGAGCAUCAGCAGGAUCCAGAGAUGCUCAUUGAUCUGAUGUACAGGAUCGCAAAGGGCUACCAGAACUCCCCUGACCUGCGCCUGACGUGGCUCCAGAACAUGGCGGGGAAACACUCUGAGAGAGGGAACCACGCUGAGGCGGCCCACUGUCUGGUCCACAGUGCAGCGCUGGUGGCAGAAUACCUCAACAUGCUGGAGGACUGCCGCUACCUGCCCAUCGGAUGUGUCACCUUUCAGAAUAUUUCCUCGAACGUAUUGGAAGAAUCAGCUGUGUCCGAUGACGUCCUGUCUCCAGAGGAGGAGGGGAUUUGUGCUGGGAAGUACUUCAGUGAGUCCGGCCUGGUGGGCCUCCUGGAGCAAGCAGCUGCCUCUUUCAACAUGGCCGCCAUGUACGAGGCCAUAAAUGAAGUAUACAAGAUUCUGCUGCCCAUCCAUGAAGCCAACAGGGACUUCAAAAAGCUGGCGACUGUCCACGGGAAGCUGCAGGAUGCCUUCAACAAAGUCUACAACCAAAGUUCGGGAUGGGAGAGAAUGUUUGGGACCUACUUCCGGGUGGGUUUCUAUGGCUGCCGGUUUGGAGACCUGGAUGAACAGGAGUUUGUCUACAAGGAGCCAUCCAUCACCAAAUUAGCCGAGAUCUCCCACAGACUCGAGGAGUUCUACGCAGAGAGGUACGGGGAUGACGUAGUUGAAAUUAUCAAGGACUCCAACCCAGUGGACAAAAACAAACUGGAUCCCAACAAGGCCUACCUCCAGAUCACCUACGUCGAGCCCUUCUUCGACACAUACGAGCUAAAGGAAAGAAUCACGUACUUUGACAAGAACUACAACCUGCGUACUUUCAUGUACUGUACUCCCUUCACUCUGGACGGCCGGGCCCACGGCGACCUGAACGAGCAGUACAAACGCAAAAGCAUCCUCACAACGUCUCACGCGUUCCCUUACAUCAAGACACGCAUCAACGUUAUCCACAAGGAGGAGAUCAUUCUUGUCCCCAUGGAGGUGGCCAUUGAGGACAUGCAGAAGAAGACUCAGGAGCUCGCCUUCGCUACAAACCAGGACCCUGCAGACGCCAAGAUGCUGCAGAUGGUGCUGCAGGGCUCUGUGGGCACCACCGUCAACCAGGGCCCCCUGGAGGUGGCGCAGGUCUUUCUCUCCGACAUCCCUGAUGACCCAAAGCUGUUCCGUCAUCACAACAAGCUGCGCCUCUGCUUUAAAGACUUCACAAAGAGGUGUGAGGAUGCCCUGAGGAAGAAUAAAUCGCUGAUUGGGUCGGAUCAGAAGGAGUACCACAGAGAGAUGGAGAGGAAUUACAAUAAACUGAAAGAAGCUCUGGGUCCUCUCAUCAACCGCAAGAUCCCCCAGCUAUACAGGAGCCUGCCAGCUCAGACUACGCAAGCACAACGGAACUCCUACAGUAGGUCCAGUCUCCGCAGAGUGGACUGUUGAGGCCCGCCAACUGGACAACAGCAGAAGAGAAAAAAAAGAUUUAUAAAUUAGCCUCCUCUCGUCCCGUCUGUUCCCCCUCCCCCCACUGUAUGGCUCACCAACUGUCACAAGCACACGCGCCGUCCUCCCCCUCGUCCAGCUCGUUGUUUUAAGGCCCACCCAGACACGCCAUAACCCCCCCCCCCCAUCCUCCCCAGCACUGCCACCACACACACACUUGUCACCUCUCUCCCUGCUAAGCCAUCUCUCCCGUCACCGGCACUCUCACACCUCUGUAGGAGAAAAACCUCGGAUGUUUAUUCUGGAAGGGUAUCUGCACUGUAAACAUCGACAUGUGGAGCGAGGCUCCGACAUGUCAGUGUUUUUAAACCAAGCUUUCAGAAGAAGUCUCCUUACAGUAAUCUCUCUGAGCUUGAUCUGCUUUUAACUUAAGUUUUUACAGGACAUGAGCUGCCAAACACAUUUUGCAUCCAAAUCGUUUGGGGGUUUGUGCAUGUUUUCCUUUUGCUUCUUGUGUUUGCUUUCGAAGACGCUGUGCUUCGUCUGUCUUGGCCUUAUUUCAUUAAGAAGAGAUUUUUUCUAAACUAUGCCUGGUUGAAGUCACUGCCAGACUUUGGUUAUUAAAUAGUCCCAGGGAGUUUUCUUUUGUUAUCAACAGACCAAAUAACUGACAUUCCUCAUUCCUCAAGAUGUCACAUUUAUCUGCCUAUCGCUCGUUAUAAGAAAUUCAUUAAAGAGCAGAGCCGGGCUCCUUCGCUGCCAGCUCAGGUCUCAAUUUUAGGAGGGAAGGGAUAUUUAAAUGUUUUUAAAACUGUGAAAUUCUCUUGUAAUGCACUGCAGUCACAUCAGAUAUUUAUCACAGAAGCAGGCCAUCUCCUUCGCCCACACAUAUGUCUAAACUGUGACAUGUUAUUAUCACACUACAGUACAGACUUAUAACUGAAUACAUUUUGUAUUUAAUGCUGUCCAAAGGAACUUCAAAUGUCAUGUAUGUGUCCAACACCCCGGUUGUGGCACAUUUAUAUUCAUUGUGGCUAUUUCCAACUACUGUAUCUAUUAUAUUGCACUAUUGUAAACAAACUGCAGCACAUUAACACUGUAACUACUAAAAUGUCCGUGCUUUUGUUAUUUUUUCAAGGCUGGAAACUGUUUUUUUACCAAUUAGAUCAACUUUUUUUAUUUAUUUACAAUGUCUUUUUUCUACUGCUUUCUAUUAAAUGUCUCUUCCAAUG